GCGGGCGGGCUGCGCGUGCUGCUCCUUCAUCCGUCUCUCUCCGCUGCAGUCGGCGGCGGGAGAUCACCAUGCUGGGCGAGCUGUGCGCCGCGCUGUCCGGAGCCUCCGGGGCUGCCCUGGCCUGCUGCUUCGUGGCGGCAGCCUUGGCCCUGCGCUGGUCGGGGCGGCGGACGGCGCGGGGCGCGGCGGCCCGGGCGCGACAGAGGCAGCGAGCGGGCCUGGAGACCAUGGACAAGGCUGCGCAGCGCUUCCGGCUCCAGAACCCUGACCUGGACUCAGAGGCACUGCUGGCCCUGCCCCUGCCUCAGCUGGUGCAGAAGCUACACAGCGGGGAGCUGUCCCCCGAAGCUGCACUCUUCACCUACGUGGGAAAGGCCUGGGAAGUGAACAAAGGGACCAACUGUGUGACUUCCUACCUGGCUGACUGUGAGAGGCAGCUGUCGCAGGCCCCGAGGCAAGGCCUGCUCUACGGGGUCCCUGUCAGCCUCAAAGAGUGCUUCAGCUACAAGGGCCAGGACUCCACGCUGGGCCUGAGCCUGCACCAGGGGGCGCCGGCGGAGGGUGACAGCGUGGUGGUGCAGGUGCUCAAGCUGCAGGGCGCGGUGCCCUUUGUGCACACCAACGUCCCCCAGUCCAUGUUCAGCUAUGACUGCAGCAACCCCCUCUUUGGUCAGACCAUGAACCCGUGGAAGUGCUCCAAGAGCCCAGGUGGCUCCUCAGGGGGCGAGGGGGCCCUCAUUGGGUCCGGAGGCUCCCCCCUGGGCUUGGGCACUGACAUCGGAGGCAGCAUCCGCUUCCCCUCGGCCUUCUGCGGCAUCUGUGGCCUCAAGCCCACCGGGAACCGCCUCAGCAAGGAAGGCCUGAAGGGCUGUGUCUAUGGACAGGUGGCAGUGCGGCUCUCCGUGGGCCCCAUGGCCCGGGAUGUGGAGAGCCUGGCGCUGUGCCUGCGAGCCCUGCUGUGUGAGGACAUGUUCCGCUUGGACCCCACCGUGCCCCCGCUGCCCUUCAGGGAGGAGGUCUACAGAAGCUCUCGGCCGCUGCGCGUCGGGUACUACGAGAGUGACAACUAUACAAUGCCCACCCCUGCCAUGAGGCGGGCCGUGCUGGAGACCAAGAAGAGCCUGGAGGCUGCUGGCCACACGCUGGUUCCCUUCCUGCCAAGCAACAUUCCCCACGCUCUGGAGAUCCUGUCGACCGGGGGCCUGUUCAGCGAUGGCGGCCACUGCUUCCUGCAGAACUUCAAAGGUGAUUUCGUGGACCCUUGCUUGGGGGACCUGAUCUUAAUUCUGAAGCUGCCCCGGUGGCUUAAAAGACUGCUGGCCUUCCUGCUGAAGCCUCUGUUCCCCAGGCUGGCAGCCUUUCUCCGCAACAUGGUGCCUCGGUCGGCCGGAAAGCUCUGGGAGCUGCAGCAUGAGAUUGAGGUGUACCGCAACACCGUGAUUGCCCAGUGGAGGGCGCUGGACCUGGAUGUGCUGCUGACCCCCAUGCUGGGCCCUGCUCUGGACUUGAAAGCUGCAGGCAGGGCCACGGGGGCUGUCAGCUACACCCUGCUCUACAACUGCCUGGACUUCCCUGCGGGGGUGGUGCCCGUCACCACGGUGAGCGCCGAGGACGAGGCCCAGAUGGAGCAUUACAGGGGCUACUUUGGGGACAUCUGGGACAAGAUGCUGCAGAAGGCCAUGAAGAAGAGCGUGGGGCUGCCUGUAGCCGUGCAGUGCGUGGCUCUGCCCUGGCAGGAGGAGUUGUGUCUGCGGUUCAUGCGGGAGGUGGAGCGACUGAUGACCCCCGAGAAGCGGCCAUCCUGAGGGCCAGCUGCCUGCCUGGCUGGAGGACCCGAGACCCACGUGCUCUGCCAUGCAGCUGAGGGGGCACAGCCACCACCCUGCCAGGAAAGGCUCGGUGUGGGGCGGGGGCGUCCCCCUUCUCCCUCGCCCCCUACAGAAGCACAGGCCUCCAAGUCUGGACCUUGAGGCCCCUCUGGUCCUGUCCCCUCUCUCCUCGACCCCCCACCCCUAUGUGGCAGCAGAUAGACUGUGACUUGGGCCUGGGCCACUAACAGUCAAGAAACAGUUCCUCGUCUGUGUGCUUUCUGGA